UUAUAUCAUGUUCCAUGUGAUCCUUUUCAUGAUAUAUUAUCUUCAUAUGAAAAAUAAAGUUAGGUUAAAGUGCAUUCAGCUAGCAUGGUAUACGCACAAACCGCUUUAGGGUUUUUGUCAUCAAUUGAUUGUUGGAGAUACAGAAGCCACAGCUAGUAUUAAAGAUAAUUCUGAAAUGUUUGCUUAGUUAAAUAUAGUUUAAUGUGAAUUAAUUUUUCCAUUCCUGAUAAAUUUAGCAUACUCAUCAAUAUAGUAGUAGCUUGUUAUAGUAUAUCAAAAUAAAGCACUAUAUCUCAAUGUAAUUGUCUCACUUAAGAAUUAAUUUUGCAUUGAUGUAAUGAAAACUAGAAUUAUUUUUUCAGCCGUUGCAAAAGAACCAAACUGUUACUAUGCUCUUGAGCUUAGCUUGCCAACAUGAUCAUUCAAGAAUCUAUCAUCAAAGAAAGGAACUGAGAUUACUUUUUUGACAUUGUUUUAUAUACUUUAAUGUUGGCCAGAGUUGUGAAUAUUAAGGGAUGGCAAUAGAUCAGGGAUUUUGGGGUUUUACGCGUGAAUUCUUGAUUUUAAAGUCAACUCCUUUAGUGAUACAAUUUCGUACUUUACCCUACCCCUGACAAUUUUGACCUAUCUACCCUAUACUAUCUUACUUUAUCAAUGUUCUUCCAAACCUAUUUUAUUAGAAUUGGAUUUGAUCGAAUACAAUCGGGUUGGGAAAUUUUGCCCCGCUUUAGAGAUGAUUAGGAAGAUGGGACCUUUGUCUAGGCCAUACACUUGUGUACGUGGGAAUGGUUCAAUUCAUAUUGAAAUAAAGACGGAGAUUAUCAGAAUCCAAUUCAAAUUAAUAGCUAGUCAGUUUCUCGUAAUAUCGAUACAGAGGAUAACGGCCGUUACUUUCUGUGGGAGGCUUUUUUUCGGACUACCUUUUCUUUUUCUACUUCUUUAUAUGUUUUCCUUUUCAGUUCUGACCUGGGCUACCCUUCUGCCUUCCCAUCUUUUGCUUAGAUUGGUAAAAGCUGCAAUUUUUCUUCAAGAGUCUUGUACUUUCUAAUUUUUUUUCUUUUACUGUUGUUUCCCUUCUUGCGAUGGAAAUGUUGGCUGAUUUCUUCAAGCGUGCAUGGAAGGUGGUUGCGGCGAUAGCCAAGGUCUUUUGUGAAUUUCUCUGCAGAAGAUGCAAUCCAUCUGCUUACAUUAGCCACCAUCAUUAUGUCCCAGAGAAAGAAAUUUAUCUUUCCGAAGAAUUAGAGAUAUUGGUGGACAAUCAAAUUGAAGAGCGACGCAACACCAUAACAAGUCUUCCUGAAGAACUGAUCAUUAACAUCCUUUCAAGGCUUCCUGCUCAAUUGCUUCACGAAUCUGUGAGGUCUGUCUGCAUGCGUUGGGAAUAUUUAGUUAAUGAUCCUUUUUUCAUUGAGGCACACCUCCGACAAGCAAAGACGGGUAUUUUCAUUGAAGUUAUCAGUUCUCCCGCGAAUUUCUAUUUCUUUGAGACAAAAGGUGGCGAGUUCAGUUUCAGUUUGACUUAUUACAAACAUGAAUUUCCUGGAAGAAUGAUAGCCAGUUAUGAUGGUAUUGCUUUGUUUAUUGACCUAAUCGAUAUUACAAUUUUGUAUGUCAUGAAUCCUGUUACCAUGGAAAAAACAAGGCUUCCUUCUCUUGACGAGCCUCCGAAUCCUCUGUACUAUUCUAGCUGUAUUGCACGUGGUCGUUCUACCAGGCAAUACAAAGUAGUUCAUUCCUAUGAAGAUCUCAGUAGAGAAUACCAUUGGGUUGUGUUGACAAUUGGUAUUGAUAAUUCGUGGAGAAGAAUCAGUAGUGAGCAGACAUUUAUGCGUGGAGAUAUGGAGUUGGACAAUUUUCCGGUUUCUGUUAGUGGGGUGAUUUAUUGGACCGACUAUGAUUAUGAAGAAGAGGAUGGAAUCGUUUACUUUCCUGCGAUGGACGUGGAUGAUGAAACUAUUCGCAAAGUCCCUAUUCCACCAAGUGGAUCGAUAGAGCCUUGUGCUUAUACGAAGAUGGGAAAUUAUCUAUCUGGUUUUGUAACAGCUCCACUCAGUUUGCAAUUUGAAAUAUAUGUUUUGAAAGACUGGCUCAGGGGAGAAUGGGAUAAAGUCUAUGAGAUCCACAUCGAUGCUCCUCGGGGCCUGUAUUUCUACUUUCCUAUUGGAUGGCUGAACGAUGAUGAAAUGCUUGUUUUAGAGGGCUUGACAAUGGAGGGUGAUAUUUAUAUGGCUUAUGAUGUCAAGAAAAACGAGACCCGUGUUUUGGACUUAAGCAUCUGUGGUCCUCGCUUCUACUCUCAUGUUCACACCAACACCCUAGUUUCAUAUAGGAUGCCGUGAUGGUUCCUUGAGGUAAGUCCUUUCUUUUUUAGUGUGUGACAGUUAUCGGAUUGUGUUUGUGUUUCUUGUUAUGACAAAAACUUCAUUUGCCCCUUUGUUUUCCGUUAUCGUUUGUCGUGCAAACUUGUUCUGAGAUGUUGGGAUUUUGAUAGUUAUAUGACAAUAUGCUUAUAUUUGAGACUGGAUUUUAUAAAGCUUGGCUAGCUUUAUUUGCAUUG